GACCAGUUUGGUGUCGGGCGAGCGUGGGGGUGUCGUCUGAACGUCGACCGGGUGCGGAGACGGUUGGCACGUGGACAGCGCGUGGAAGUGCCCCUGCUGCUCUGAAUCAGACGGAGACGGGGUUCUGUUGGGUCGGGGUGCGUGCCGGUGGAGAUUGCCUGGGACGUGGAUACGAUAAAGUGUGUACUGUGAACAAUGGCGACUGUACUGCUGAUCGGUAGUGGGGGACGCGAGCACGCCAUAGCCUGGAAGCUGGCUCAGUCGCCCAAAGUGGAACGGAUCCUUCUGGCGCCUGGCAAUGGAGGAACGGCUGAUGAUAAAAUGGAGUGUGUCGCGGUGAACGUCAAGGAGCACGAGGCGGUAGUUUCACUCUGUCGGGACCGAGUUCGCUCCGUCGACCUGGUGAUCGUCGGACCGGAGGACCCCCUGGCCGACGGUUUGGCCGACUCGCUCCGACGCGCCGGCGUCCCCUGCUUCGGUCCGUCGGCGGCCGGCGCCCGUAUCGAGGCAGACAAGGCGUACGCAAAGAGACUGAUGGAGGAGCUCCGUAUUCCGACGGCGCCGUUUAGUGUCUUCACGGACGCUGAUAGUGCUAAGGAGUACAUCAGGAGCGGACCUAACCGUCUCGUCGUCAAGGCGUCCGGCCUGGCGGCUGGUAAGGGAGUGGUGGUAGCCGCGGACGCGGAGGAGGCCUGUCAGGCCGUCGAGGACGCGCUGCUGGGUGGUCGGUUCGGGGAGGCCGGAGCCAAGGUGGUGGUGGAGGAGAAGCUACAGGGAGAGGAGGUGUCGGUGAUGGCGUUCACAGACGGUCGCCAUGUGGCUGUGAUGCCGCCCGCUCAGGACCACAAACGGCUCCUAUCGGGUGACCGGGGCCCCAACACGGGUGGUAUGGGUGCUGUGGCGCCGGCUCCCGGGCCUCUCACUACCCAGCAGCUGAGCGAGCUGGAGCAGCUCGUCUUUCAGAGACUGGUGGACCACUGGGUCACGGAAGGGAUUUCAUAUUGCGGCGUACUAUACGCCGGUCUUAUGGUCACCGCUACCGGUCCGUACGUCCUCGAGUACAACUGUCGCUUCGGUGAUCCGGAGACCGAGGUGCUGCUGCCGCUGCUGCAGAGCGAUCUCUUCGACAUCGUCACGGCGUGUGUGGAAGAUCGACUGUGUCCGACCAAUGUCAGCUGGCGGACCGAUGCCGCUGCAGUGGAUGUUGUGCUCGUAUCGGCGGGGUACCCGGGCUCGUACCCGAAAAACCUCGAAAUCACAGGCCUGGACGCGGCAGCAGCCGCCGGGUGUCAGCUGUUCCAUGCCGGCACCCGCCGCUCAGAGCCGGCCGGCUCGCUCCUGACAUCUGGCGGCCGAGUACUGAACCUGGUGGCAGUGGCUGAUAGUGUGGCCGCCGCCCGUCAGAUGGCUCUGCAGGCGGCGCAGCUCGUCCAGUUCGACGGAAAACAGUACCGAGAGGACAUUGCAGCUCGGGCUCUGGCUCGUGAGAUCCUCUCGGGCGGCUCGCUCACCUACAAGUCUGCCGGCGUGGAUAUCGGCGCGGGUGACGCGUUCGUGGGGCGGAUCGCCGCUCUCCUGCGUCAGAGGCCCGUCAGCAGCGCGGUGCUGGGCGGUCUGGGCGGAUUUGGCGGUCUGUUUGACCUGUCGGCAGUGACUCCGCCUCUGACUGACCCGCUGCUGGUGGUCGGCACUGAUGGAGUCGGAACUAAACUGAAGGUGGCGCAGGCGUGCGGUCGGCCGGAGGGUCUCGGGGUGGACCUGGUGGCCAUGUGCGUAAACGACGUGCUGUGCCAGGGUGCCCGGCCGCUGCUCUUCCUGGACUACCUGGCGGCGGGCAGGCUGUCUGCGGCUCCCAUCGACCGGCUGGUGGCGGGGGUGGUGGAAGGAUGCCAGCAGGCUGGAUGUGACCUGCUUGGCGGCGAGACUGCCGAGAUGCCGGGUGUCUACUCGGACUCCGGGUACGACUUGGCUGGGUUCGCGGUGGGGGCCGUGGAGAGGACGGCCCUCCUGCCCAGGACAGAUCUCAUGGCUCCCGGGGACGCCCUGCUGGCCCUGCCUGCCGCCGGUCUACACAGCAAUGGGUUCAGUCUGGUGCGGAGGGCAGUGGAAGCGGCGGGAUUGGACUAUCUGAAAGACAAGGCGCCCUUCCAGCCUGAGGCCGAGAGUCUGGGUGCGGCGCUGCUGACUCCGACCCGUAUCUACGCGGCCCCGAUGCGUGUCCUGCUCUCCGCACCCGGUCUAAUCACCGGUGCCGCCCACAUCACCGGUGGGGGCCUGCCUGGAAACAUACCUCGCUGUCUUCCUGACGGGCUGGUGGCCCGGCUCGACAUGCGCUCCUGGUUGAACAUCACCCAGCCCGCUGCCGCUGCCGCCGCCUGGGUCGCUCUAGUCGGUGGGGUUAGUGCCGAGGAGCUGGCGCGUACCUUCAACCUUGGCUUGGGCAUGGUGGUGGUGGUGCCGGCUGGUCGACGUCAGGAGGCGCUGGAGCUGGCGGCAGCUCAUGGCCAUCAGCUGCUGGAGGUGGGGAAGCUGGAGGCGCGUGGCGGAGUGGAUGGGGAAGGAUAUGACGUCAGAGGAUCUCAAGUGGUACUGGACGGCCUGGAGAGUCAGCUGAGCGCGGUGAUGGCUCAGCUGACAGCGGCCGGGGCACGGCCGGUCCCUCCGCCUCCCUCUGCACGGCCGCUGAUGCCAGUUGGAGUCCUCAUCUCUGGGUCAGGUACCAACCUCCAGGCACUUCUAGACUACUGCAGCAAACCCGGCGCCGCCGCAAAGGUCGUCCUGGUGAUCUCCAACAAACCCGGAGUAGGUGGCCUGACACGAGCCGAGGCUGCCGGUGUGCCGACGCGCGUCAUCCGACACACUGAGUAUGGCUCGCGGGAGGAGUUUGAUCUCGCCAUGCACUCCGCUCUGGAGUCGGCCGGAGUACAGCUGGUCUGCUGCGCCGGCUUCAUGAGGAUCCUCUCACCUCGCUUCGUGCAGCUGUGGCGCGGACGACUGCUCAACAUCCACCCGUCUCUGCUGCCGCUGUUCCCCGGUCUGCACGUGCACCGUCAGGCUCUGCAGGCCGGGGUGCGUGUGUCGGGCUGCUCGGUGCACUUUAUCGAGGAGGAGGUGGAUGCGGGCGCCAUCCUCGUGCAGCGCACGGUGCCUGUACUGGCCGGAGACACCGAACAGCAGCUGGAAGAACGUAUCAAGACGGCCGAACAUGUGGCCUACCCCGAGGCUCUGCAUCUGGUGGCGACGGGCGCGGUCACCAGAGGCCAGGACGGUCGCCUGCUGUGGCGAGAGUCGCACUCGGCUGGGAAGUAGUAAAAGGGACUGACUGUUCAGCUAGAUAGCACGGUAGGUAGGAGGCGACCAUUUGAGUAAUCGUAAUUCAUACUGUUCUGGGGAUCUGAAGUGCAGUUUUAUCCGAUUUGUGUUGUUUUUCGAGGCGAGUUUGUGUUGAGUCUGAUGAUAUUGCAACUUUGUGAACUGCUAUAUGAAAGACUCACCUAUCUGUAUGCGUAUCGCAGCACUACUGCCGUUCCAAUACCCGCAUAACUGAUAAGUGAUGGAUAGGGGAUGAUAAGUGACUGUUCUGCGGCGAUAUGUUAGUACUAGUAUAUGUUAUUGUUAGGCUCGUAGGGCCCGUGGGUCAGCUGUAAGAAUCUUGGGUCAGCCAAGGCAUCCGUUUGCACUUUGCAUGAGACUGGGCUGGGAUUGGUGAAGGAUACCUACCGCCCCGACCGGCGACCGUGGCUACCUGCUGUGAGUGCGACUUCUUCAUGUUCGAUGCGACUGCGAGCAAGCGAGUUUCUCAUGUGCCAUCGUUUUUCUUGACAAGCCCGCCUGUCGGUUAUUUGUGUCAUUACCUGAUGGCUGUUAAAUAUAAUAAGUACCUACCUAAUAUAACAAA